UUAACAGAUGGUAACGCCCGACUGUUUGAGACUUUGAGCUGUAAAAGUUGGGCUUAGAGAGAGAAAGUGAGAAGAGGGAGUCUUCUCAAAAUCAAGAAAAUUUCAGAGUUUUCUUCUUCUUGAGUGAUUGGAAAAUUUUGCUGUCUUUUUGUGGGUUUGAAAGAUCUGCGUAGAUGGCAACGUUUGCAGGGACUACCCAGAAGUGCAAGGCAUGUGAGAAGACUGUGUAUUUAGUGGAUCAGCUCACUGCUGAUAACAAGGUCUACCACAAGGCCUGCUUUAGGUGUCACCACUGCAAGGGUACACUCAAGCUGAGUAAUUAUAGCUCCUUCGAGGGUGUGCUAUAUUGCAAGCCGCACUUUGAUCAACUGUUUAAGAGGACAGGCAGCUUGGACAAAAGUUUUGAAGGUGCUCCAAAAACUGUUAGAGUUGAUAGAUCUGCUGAUCAGAGUCAUACCAACAGCAAGGUUUCAAGUAUGUUUGCUGGAACGCAAGACAAAUGUGUUGCUUGCAAGAAAACUGUUUAUCCAAUAGAAAAGGUGGCAGUAGAUGGCACGUCAUACCAUAGGGCUUGUUUCAAGUGCUCCCAUGGGGGCUGUGUGAUCAGCCCAUCAAACUAUGUGGCCCAUGAGCAGCGACUCUACUGUAGGCACCACCACUCGCAGCUCUUUAAACAGAAGGGCAACUUCAGCCAACUCGACAAGCAAGAACAAGUUUAAGGGGUGACUGAGAACGCAGCAUCUAGCUCUGAUGCCAUGAAGCUUCAUGUAUCAAUGGUGACAUUCCGAUAUCACAUAAAUAGCAGUUUUUUUUUCAGCAAAAAGUCGGAUUCAUAUGUCAAGUAUAAAAGUUGAGAUUAUGGGCUGCCUUUCUUUAUAGAUAUGUUAUUUGAAGAAGAGUAUUUAAUAGAGGUGUUUCAGUUGCUAAUUUUUCGAUGAGCUUGAAUGAAUAAUAGUUAUCAGUGUUGGGUUCUAUCCUUUCAAUAAACCUUGUGUUUUGCUCUAA